AUGAUGCACGUGAUGGUUCACUUGCCAGAAGAGGCAUUGCUUGCUGGUCCUGUCAACUAUCGCUGGAUGUAUCCAAUAGAAAGCGCACGACCCUUUGGAGAUCCUGGACGCGGAGAGUCGUUUUCUAGAAAUGACAUGGAGGUAGCGCAUUGGUUCGUACUGAACAAUUGUGAUGAGAUCAUGGGAUACUUAUAUGAGCAUGAAGAGAUGAUGAAGCGAGAACAUCCAUCACAUUUGGUUGCCCAGAAACACCGUGAAUUGUUUCCACAAUGGUUUUUGGAUUCUGUGAAUAAGUUGAAAUCAUCGAAUUCCCCCAACUUACAGUGA